AUGAGAGCGUGCCUCCAUGAGGACCCAUUGUCAGAAAAUUUUGCAAGGGACAUUCUCCUUUUUGGUAAUGGUGAAGUUCCAGAAGACGGAAAUGAAGAUGUUGACAUAAGUAGCCCUGUUAUGUUGAUAAGGAAUUUAAAUCCAUCGAGGUUGUGCAACGGUACACGCCUUGUUAUCAUAAAAUUAUUUCCCAAUGUCAUUGAAGCAAUGAUUAUGACCGUCUGCGAUAAAGGUCAAGACAUCUUCAUACUGCGAAUUUCCCUUGUGCCUUUGGCUGCUGACUUAUCAUUCACAUUCCGCAGAGAGCAGUUUCCAAUUAGACUCAGUUAUGUCAUGUCCAUUAAUAAGUCCCAAGGGCAGUCGCUGUCUGUCGUUGGACUUUACUUAGCUGAACCAUACUUUUCACACGGUCAACUGUACGCUGGCUACUCUAGAGUGAGUUGUAGGAACAGUUUACAUGCCUUCAUCUCCCAGGGGAAAACUAAAAAUGUUGUUUAUAAGCCCGUACAGGCGCCAUAUUUCAGUCCUACGUUAUUGCUGUUAUAA